UCCCCACAGAGGAUGUGACACCGCCUGGCUCCUCGCAGAAGACAGCCACCUCACCCCCGACUCGGUGAGAAGUGGUACAGUCCAGAGGGCGCGAGGCUCCAAACUGUUUUGAUUGUCACGGUGAAGAAACGAGAUUCAACCGGGAGAGGAAAGUUUCAGACCGUGUGUGUGUGUGUGUGAUCGAGGAGAAGAUGAGCCAGGAGGACACCGAGGAGGUGAGGAUGCUUGAGGCUCAGAUCGCGCUUCUUCAGGCUGAAGUUGCAGCGUUGCAGGGCCAACAGCAGGCCAUCCAAAAGGACGUAACUUUCCACCUCGGAGGUCAACUGCAGGACGCCAUAUUGUAUAUGUGUGGACACAGCCAAGAAGGGAAGGAGAGGCUCUUGUCCAGACUGAAGGAGGAUGUGGAGGAGCUGGAGGAGGAUCUGAAGCGGCAGACACAGAUAAAUGGCAUCAGUCUGAACAGCUGCACCACAAAGACUCUGCAAAGCAGUGGCAGUAAGCUGGUCCAGCAGCUCUGUGUGACAGGUCACUGCUCUGAACUGGUCUUUCAGGUGGAGUUUCAGCUCUCUGAGGUCAGGGAGGGUCAGGGAUCUGAGAGGACGAUCAGUGAUCUGAAUGUGGUGAUGGACGACGGUGACCUGCAGAACUUCAGCAGUUUCCUGUCUGGGGUGGAGGAGAACAGGGAUCUUCUGUUGUUCUUCAAGACUCUCAGGACUUUCUCUGACAGAUGUCACGACCGUUGCAGAACCUUCCAACACUUCCAGGAGAAGUAUCCGUCUUUCGUCUCUCUUCCUGGAGGCUACAGAUCAGAGGUCAUGACCUUGAAUCAUCCCGAGCUUCCUGGCUGCAUCUUGUUCAUUCAUUGGUCAGUCGAGGUUUCCGGAGAGGGUGGAGUCACUCCAAAGAUUGACCUGCUGACAAAGAUCCCAGAGAGAGCUCUGCAGUUGUUUCCCUCUCAGCCUGUAGGCGGUGCAGCCAAGGCCUUUCAGAGCCUGCUGAGGAUUCUCGGACCCGAGGCUGCCAUAGCAUCUGUCAUCAGGGCAGUCAGCCUUUCACAGGACACAUGACUCACAUCUUCAUCUUUAACUACAGGCUAAAAUGUAAAACAUGGCUGUGCUCGAAGCUGCUGCACUGCUGACUGUUAAAACAUAAAAGGUUCAGUAGGUUUAACAUGUCAGAAUUGAACUGGUUGACAAAUAAGCAAACACAGCGAUGGUUUAGUCUCUUAGAAAUCUUUAUUCAAUAGAAAGAGCACAUCUGUGACAGCUGGAACAGCUGAGCUCAUUGGUCAAAAUUUAUAAAAAUAAAUAAUUUAAAUACAAAAUGCCAGACAGCAGUGUCGCUUUUGUAUUUUCAAAUAUUUUUUUCUUCUCUCAACUACACACACACACACACACACACGCACACACACUCAGUUAUUACAAGUCUGCAGGGAUCACAGUGCUGUGAUGUUUCUGCACGCUGAUGUUCAGGCAGCAGCAACCGCCCAAUCACACUCCAGCUCAUCUGGACAGUUUGUUUAUCUUUAACAUAAUCUUAUCAGCACUACAUGCUUUCUUAUUUAGAGCAAGUUUGUGUCCGUCCCUUUCAUAUUGUUGUAAUUCUAAAUCUCCGACAAUCUUUCAAAAACUCAUUAGGUCAUUUAACAACACUUUGAAAAGAUUUUCAGAAUCCUCAAAGGUUCUUUGUCUGCUGCUUGAUUAAAAACAAUUUUUAAACCAAUUUUUAAACCAAAAUUAGAACUCAAAUCAGAGUCUCUGCUGAUGUGAUCCAGUGAAAAGCUCCAUGACAACCAAAGUAAGUGGACUGAGUUGAGACAGAUUUUGUUGACAGCUAUGGUCUCGGCAAACAUGUCAACAUGUAUAUUUGUUAUUUUCCAUCAUUUUAUAUUUACAUUCAUAAAAACGCGAUUCAUGUUGCUCAUGUGGCUUUGUCCAGUUUAGGACAUAACAUAAUGACCUAAGAAACAGUCAUGUAAGAGUCAGAAUAUUUCUCAUCCAAAUCAACAGAAAAGUCUUUGAGGAUUCUGGAAAUCCGCUGUUGUAAACCACCUUCAGGGUUUAGGGUGACAGAAACACAAAGACAUAUCUGCAAUGCUCUCUUGCUCACAUUUCUUCUGUUUAGAAUAAAUUUAAAAUUGAGAAUGAGA